ACCAGCUAGCCGCAGGAGUCUGAAGUUGACAGUGUAUGUGAAUGAGUCGUCUCAUCGAUACGGGGCUAUUUGUGCAUGGAUCGCGUUGACAUUGUCAUUAUGAAUAACGACACAUUUUGUCCAAAGGAUUUCCCUGAACUGAAGAAUGACACUUUCCUGCGAGCGGCCCGUGGGGAGGAAACGCCUUACGUACCUGUGUGGUGCAUGAGACAAGCUGGCCGCUACCUGCCAGAGUUCCGGGAGUCCCGAGCUGGGAAGGAUUUCUUUGAGACGUGCCGGUCACCUGAGGCCUGUUGUGAACUCACUCUGCAGCCUCUGAGACGCUUCCCUUUUGAUGCUGCGAUCAUCUUCUCGGACAUUCUGGUGGUUCCACAGGCCAUGGGCAUGGACGUGGAGAUGGUUGCCGGAAAGGGUCCCACGUUCCCAGACCCCCUGAAGGAUCCAGACGACCUCCAGCGUCUGCGGCCCAAGGUGGACGUCGCGGCGGAGCUGGGCUACGUCUUCAACGCCAUCACGCUGACCCGGCACAAGCUGGAGGGCAAAGUCCCGCUCAUCGGCUUCUCCGGGGCCCCGUGGACUUUGAUGUCCUACAUGAUUGAGGGGGGAGGAUCCCAGACCCACUCCAAGGCCAAGCGCUGGCUGUACGCCCACCCAGAGGCCAGCCACAAGCUGCUGUCCCAGCUCACCGACGUCAUCGUGGAGUACCUGCUGGGCCAGGUGGCUGCGGGGGCCCAGGCCCUGCAGGUGUUCGAGUCCCACACAGGCUGCUUGGGGCCGGUGGAGUUUAAGGAGUUCUCCCUGCCGUACCUCCGGGACAUCGCCCGGCGGGUCAAGGACCGCCUUAAAGAGUCCAGCCAGGACAACGUGCCCAUGAUUGUGUUUGCUAAGGACGGCCACUACGGCCUGGAAGACCUCUCUCAGUCCCACUACGAUGUGGUCGGUCUGGACUGGACCAUUGACCCGCGGUCAGCACGGGAACGAACGGGAGGCAAAGUCAGCCUGCAGGGCAACAUGGACCCCUGCGCCCUGUAUGCCCCAAAGGAGAUGAUUGGCGAGAUCGUGAAGAAGAUGCUGGAGGGCUUCGGUCUGCGGGGGUACAUCGCCAACCUGGGGCACGGGGUGUACCCUGACAUGGACCCCGAGCACGUGGGCGCCUUCGUGGAGGCCGUCCACACCCACUCCCGAAAGCUCUGCAAAUAACCCUCCGUCCACCAACGCACGAACCACAAACCGAUCGCGAAAUGCGGAGAGACUGAGCCGCGGGGCUCUUUUAGGUCACCUAAUCACCACUGUCAGCCAGGCCAAUGUUAGAUAUGAGUGCAGUGUUAAUGUUCCCACAUGGGGACAGCCGUAACCCACCCAUUCAGUAAGAUUUCCAAGAGUAGCAUUCCCACUGUUGUAAUGUUUAUGCCACGAACUCCACAGAGCAGCUGGGACUCUACGUUGAGGUUUAGUUCACCCUGAUGUCAUUCAGCUUUUUACAUUUGACACAGAAAGCACUUGAAUGUGUUUUUGGGGUCGAGGUUUGGGUGUGUCAAGGCAAGAGUCCUGCUAAUUUGUCAUGUUUAUCGUGUCUACACAGGAGAGCUGCAAAGGGCAGAGCCUGCGUUCCAGAGAUGUUUUAUACUGAAUAAAGAAAAAUCAUUUUGGGCUAAGCUUGAGCGUUCUGCUACCAGCAAUACCAAAUGCAGCAGUGGAGAACAGAGAAACACUACUGCUGCUGCUUACCGCCACUGUCUUAGAUGUGACCAAUGAAUGUUACAGUGUGAAAACAAUCGAUCAGCUCUGAGCCAUAAAUCCUCUUGAUUCCUUUCCUCCAUG